GGCAAUUCCGAGGCGCCCACCCGGGACUGGCUGAGCUCUUGGGGUGCUCACGUCGGGACCCGUACCCGGCGGUUAAUGACCUCAGCUGGUCUGCAAAUGGUGCGUCCUACCUUCGUAGCCCAGACAUAGUACACUGCCGGGCCAGCCAGAAUUUCUACUAAAGGUGAUCAACUGCUAAAUACUAAAGAUGUCGGAAGAGGGAGAUAACACUGCAGUAGAAGAAAAUUUAGACAGUCAUCUCCAAAAAGGAAGAAGAGAAAGAAAAAUCCAAGACAAAAUGACCAGUGCAAAAGAAAAACAAAGUAUAAAAGAAACUUUGAGGGGCAAAGUGAGAGACAAACUAAAAAAUGCUAAGAUUAAUCAAGAUGAGAAAUCUUCAACUGAGGUGUUCAGUGAUAAGCUAUCUCAGAGGUCUAAGCCAGAAGUCAUACUGGAUGAAGGUCUUUCGUUUUUCAUUCUGAGUGGUGAAGAAGGCUCUGCUCUGGGCCAAUCUUCAGAGCAGAGAUCAGUAAAUGACAACUACUCCAAACAUUUUUCACUUGGUGAUGAUUUACAAAAUUUUACUGAGGGCCAAAAUGAAGAUUUUAUAAAAGAAGUUAUCUUUCCAGAUUUAGUUGAAGUAAAAGCCGCUGAAUAUGCAGAUGAUCAAGAACAAGUUAAAAACCAGCAAGCAAAUAUUUUUGAGCCAAGUAGUUCUCCAGUGCUCCAUCAGCGUAAACUGCCAAAAGAUAGGAUGCCACGCAUUUUAGAAGAUGAAGGAUUCUAUAUUCAGAGAAAACUGGAAAUAUAUAAAAAGGCCUGCAACAAAAUGGAAAAUCGCCUGCUUAAACUAAAAGAGGGAAAGUGUUGGUUUGAAGAAAGUGGAGAAAUAAUGUCAUUACCUUCGCCUAUUAGGCAGUCAUGGAAUUUCAGACUAAAUAUGAGCAAAGAGUCUUUAAAUCCUGCACUGAAGAUCACAUACAGGAAGGCAGUGAAGUCUAAUACAGAAGCUUCUGCUAGGAGCAAAAUGGAAGGUCAAAGGGAGAUGUACCAAUUAGAUCUCAAUAUUGUGGGUUUGCAAUUCAGCCAUCAUCCUCUCUUCAAUCAAGAGCAAGUGUUAUGUGCUAGGCUGCUCCAACUUUAUGAGGGUUUUCAGGACAGGCAGCAACAGAAUUUGCCUCAGCUGCUUUACGAGAAGCUUAAAGCACUGAUAGACACUACCAAAUUAGCAAAUGAAAGUUUGGAAAUGAACCAGUUGACCAGAAAAUCUUUACAGGAUUAUUACUGGCAGAUAAGUAAUACAAAACAUCUCUAUGACUUAGAAAGGGAAAAGGACUUAUCCUUAAUACACAGUAUAUUGCGGGCUUGGAAACAGAUAAAAUCCCUUCGACAACAACAAGGGUUUACAAGCACCCCAAUAAAGUUACAGUUUCAGAGGAUAAAAACGAGUAAAUGUGAUGAACAAAAACAAGAAGAACUGUCGGGAAUGUCUGAGACUGAGAAGAAAACUAAAGGAAAAACAUCUCAGAAUGGGGAAAAACAGGAGAGGCUCUCUUCUCUAGCUUCAGAACUUGAAGAAACAGAUACUGAAAGAAUAAAAUCGAUUACCUUGAUGCCACAACUUUCUUUUACUGCAGAAUUAACAAACAUAUGCAUGUGUUCACUGCAUGAACAAAAGAGGAGAGCCAAAAUUCAGAAGCUUAAAUACUUCAUUAAAAUAUUAUACAAUGAUAAACAGGUCUCUUGCACUUCAGUGUCUCCACUACAGUCUGAUUUUAAAGUCAUGUUUCAGCAGAUUUUCAAUAUUCAGUUAAUACAUUGGCCUGAAACAAUUUGCUUGGAGGUUUAUGAAAUAAGUAAAAGUACAAGCUUACUGGCAAAACUGUAUAUACCUUUACCUAACAACGCAGAGCUGAAAAGCAAAACUGUUUUGGAAUACGUAGAAUUUAGUUCUGAUAAAAUGGUCACACCUGCAUAUGGAGAAGUAGGAAGUGAUGUGCCUUUUCUUCUUGAGGGAAAUGAAACUGAAGAACUUUGUCUUUUGACAUCAGGAAAACUAAGCUAUUCUCUAUCAUGGGCCUUAGAUGAAAAUGGUAUCCCUCUGACACCUAUGUCUCAGACACUGAGGUCUGCUUACUGCAGUGUGUUAAAAAAUGUAGAUGCAAGAGGUGUUCCUGGAAUCCCAUGGCUCACUAAUGCACAGAAACUUCUUGAAUGGGCAAAGGAAGCGAAGAUUGACCCAAAUAACCCAGAAUAUUCUGAUUUAAUGGAAUUUAUUACAUACCUGAAGCAUAAAGAACAGUAUAUUCCAAAGUAUUUUCGUCUGGAACAGUUUCAAGAUGAAUUUAACUUUGUUUCUGAAGAGGAAAUGAAGAAGAAUAAACGUUUUCAGCUGUUGCAGCUUAGAAAUGCAGGUCACUUAGAUGUUGUCCUGCAGCAAAUACCCCUCUAUGACAGAGAGAUUCCAGAUCUAAUCUUCCAGGAAUAUGAAAGUCAAAUAGAGAAGGAUACAUCCAUUUCAGAUGUGAAUUCCAUUAUUGCACAAAGGAUUAGUUCUACCAAAUUUCUGAAAAAGAUGAGAAAGUUGAUAAUGAAAAGAAUUAUCAAAGUUAGCAAAUUUAACUUAUCCGAUAUUGUGGCUGAUUACGAAGAAAUUGUAUCUACAAGCCAGCUGACACAUGCAGUUUGUAAACUUGUUAAACGGCGAAGAAUGUUAAAGCCUCAGAGAAAAGAAAGGAAAAAAGUGGCAGCACAGACGAUCUGUGAUGGAGACAUUAAAAUUCUUGUCAGAAUACUGAGGGCAUAUAAUAUUCCUACGAGGAAGACAGCAGUUAAUAGAGCCUUGGGUAUGCCUACUUAUUUGAUGUCAUCCCUACCUCAUCUCAAACAUAAAGAGAUAAUCAAAUCUGCACCCUCAGCUGACACCUUAAAUGAGGAUACUGUACACCCUUUUGUGGAAGUUUCCUUUCAACAUACUGUCUAUGAAACCAGUACGGCAAGUGGAUCUCAUCCAUGCUGGAAUGAAGAACUUCAACUAGAUUUUAUUUCACCAGGACAUGAUUAUAGUUUCUCAAGUUUAUCUAAAAUAAAAGACAAUAUACAUAUCAAUAUUUUCGAUGAAAUGAUUAUUGAGAAACAUGAGGAUCACUGUCUCAAGAGCUGCAGUGGUCAUUCAUAUAUGAAAAAGAAUUGGCUUGGAUCCAUUGUCUUCCCUUUCUCUGCUCUUCUACGACAAUCUGAGAUUAGUGGAACAUUUCAAGUAAAUAUUCCACCAGUUUUGCUUGGGUAUACUUGGAGUAAGACUUACAUGUCUCCUAAAGAAGAUUGUAAUGGGCAAAAUUUAAAAGAAUGUAGCUUCUUAAAUAUUUUUGUUACCAUUGAGCCUCAAAUAUCAUAUGUCACCUGUGAUCCAGAACUAGGCAAGUUUUCAGAUCCAAUAGAUGUUUUACAGAGAGCACAGCUUUUUAAAAAAAAUUGCAAAGACUUGUUUCCGAACCGAAGAAUCACAACUACUGUUUUUAAUGAUGAAGGGAUACAGGUCUUAGUAACAAGAUAUAUCAAGGCAUUAAAUCCACCUCAACAACUUCUGGACAUAUUUCUUCAUGAUUCAAGUGCAACACUUGACCUCAUUGCUCGAUUUGUAUCCUUGAUUCCCUUGAUGCCUGAUACAGUGGAUGAAAGUGAUGGCUUUGACAUAUGGAUGACAUCAGAGCGGUGCAUCAGUUUGGCUACUGGGAAUAAGGAGGAGCAUGCCAUACUUCUCUGUAAUUUCUUCCUGUAUUUUGGAAAAAAAGCUUUGGUCCUUCUGGGAACUUCAGUGUUGGAAGGGCACGUGGCCUAUGUAUUAACUCAAGAAAAUGAUGAAUAUCUGCUUUGGAAUCCAUUAACUGGGCAAUGUCAUAAGCAGUUUGACCCAUUUUGUCCUUUACAAAGUGUAGACUGUUUGUUUGAUGGUGGAAAUGUGUGGUUUAAUAUUCAACAAAAUAAUACACCAAUGGCUGCACAUUUUGACUAUUCCAAGGAAGGUUUCUGGAAACAGUUACUUCCGAAAAAUUUUCAAGGGGCAAAAGUCCAAAGCAUACAGCCUGAAGAAAUAAUUUAUUCUGCUACAAAUAAAAGCAUGGUAGAAGACCUAAAGAACAGGAUUGAAAGGACUCUAAAGUGUAAAAUGAUGGAAUGGCGACCUAAACAGCCAACACAUUGGAAUCGACAAUGUAGUUUUAUUUUGCAAAAAAUCCUCCCUAAGCUAGAACUUGGCACUGGAAGGUUUAUUUCAGCUAAAGAAGAGAGUGAAUUUGAAAGACUACUGCAAUUUUAUUUGAUUACAGGAUUUCCUAUCCAGAUGCCGUAUACUGAUGUCCAGUCAGUGAUUGACACCGUGUAUCACACUGGAAUUCACUCCUCGGAAUUUCCCCAGACAGAAUUCGCUCUUGCUGUAUAUAUUCACCCAUACCCAAACAAUAUAUUAUCUGUGUGGGUCUAUUUGGCUUCCUUAGCUCGACAUCAGUAAAAAAGAAGAAAGGAAAAGGAAAAGAUGGUCUUAUGGGCUUCCCAACCAGAAGCCACCAAAACUUUUCUGGCACUUUGGGAAAUUGCUAGUUAUCCUCAAGUCCAGUUGAGUGUGAGCCCAAUUUUUGCUUCACGUUUAGAGCUGGGCACCAUGGAGACUCACCUCCUUACCUAUAAAGGAUGAAUCUAGGUGAUCUCCUCACUGGAGCCCUCAAAGAGGAUGCGGUCAGUCUGGCAGUCGGUCUUAUUCUAGCAAAGAAGCAUUUCUGACCUUUCCUUCUAAAGUCAGUGUUACUCAGGGUGUGGACCUGGUGCUACAUCCAUGAAAAUCAGCUGGAGAGCCUUAAUGAAAAUGCAUAUUCCCACGUCCUAACAAGAUCUGAAUCAGAAUCUCUAGGAGUGGAGUUCUAGAACCUCUCUUCUUUUAAACAAGCUCCCCAGGUUAUUCUGAUGACGAGUUAGGGUUGAGUACCCCACCUUAUGGAAUGUUGUCACUAAAGUGAGGCUGGUACAACUGUUGCUGAUUCUGAUGCAAUUUCAGGCAGAAGUUCUUCAAAUAGAAACCUAAAGUUCUUGCCUCUCAUAAGAUAAAAGAUUGCUUCAGUGAUUAAGAAGAAAAGGGAAAUCUGCCAUGGUGUGCUGAGGGCUGAGGUCAGCUUCUGGGGGUUUCUCAAAAGUUUUCACUUGUGAUUCUACUGACCUCAAGUCCUUUCAAUGCCAAGUAUUUGGAAGCAACUCAGGAAACUCUAAUAUGCUUUUCUGUGAGAAAGGGGGAAAUGAUCUUACCAAAUCCCAGGGCUCUGUUUUUCCUUAGUGAGUAGCCCUUCAUUCUGCUUUGGCAUUUUUCUGCUGCUUCCCUUUCCCAGUGGUGACCCCCAUGAAGGCCCAUCUAGGUCAUCCUCAAGGAACAGUGGAUAGGAUUUAAGUCAGAAACAAUGUAUUUUCUUGUGUUUAAUUGUUCUGUACUUUAUUGAGAAAAAUAUAUAGUUUACUUAAAAGUUGCAUGAUAAGUUGUCUUUAAAAAAAAUCAAAGGGUACAGAUAUCCAAAGGUAGAUGAGAGCAAUCUUAUAUAAGGUAAAGGUGAUAAGGGAAAGACAAUUCACCUCUCCCAUUGCAAGAGCAUUGGAGCUUCUUGGGUUACUCACAUAAGCAAAGGGCAAAGACCCCCAAAUUCAUCCCCAGUACACCCUCAAUCUGUCCUAUAGUCUUUCCUCCAGUGUACCUGUAUAGGCUGAUGCCAGAAAAGACCUCUUUCAUUUGCAGUGAUGUUAGUCUUGGACCAAACUUGAGAUUACUAGAAGAGUGAAAAGAAUGUCUUUUUCUCCAAAGUUAAACCUGAUUGCGUGCACUGAUCAGAAUUUUUGUUUUACUUGAAUUUGUUUAAAUGCUGCAUGAAGUGUGUUAUUAACUAAUCUCCUGCAUGUCUAUGGAAAGAUGAGGUUGUCAAAGAAACAAUGGAUUCAUACAAUUUGUUUCUGUGGCCCUUUGAAUAUUGACAUAGCUGUAUUGAUUGCUUAUGGUUUUAGAACUGAUAGGCCACUAAAACUAAGGUAGAACUAUGUUUCAUGGGCAAACAUAGAAGACCUAUCUGUAUUAUAUGUAUUAUUUACAUGUAUAUGUG